UUCCAACAGCUCCUCCGCCGAGAGAGCCAGUGGCACGGCGCGGCUCCACUAGCCCGUCGCUCUCCUCAGCUUCCUCGAGCAGCCCAACCGCCAUGCAGCGAGGCAGGGUGCGGGCGGCGCUGGCGGCGCUGCUGUGCGCGGCGCUGCUCCCGCUCCGCCCGGAGGCUGUCAAGGCGCCCAAGCGGCCGGCGCGGACCCGGACCUGCGGCGAACGACCCGAGGAGCUGCUGGAGCAGCUGUACGGGCGGCUGGCAGCGGGCAUGCUCAGCGCCUUCCACCACACCCUGCAGCCCGAGCCGCCGGGCCGCCAGCACAACGCCAGCUGCCCCGCCGGGAGCCGGCCGGCCGCCGACAAGAGGUUCCGGCUCCCCGUCAACCUGCGCAGUGCCUCGCCGUGGGCCUACAGAAUUUCAUAUGAUCCCACAAGAUAUCCUAAAUACAUUCCUGAAGCAUACUGUCUGUGCAAAGGCUGCCUCAUGGGGAUCUUUGGCGAGGAGAAUUUUCACUUCCGCAGCACCCCCGUGUACAUGCCAACAGUCAUCCUCCGUCGCACGUCGUCGUGUGCUGGGGGCCGUUACGUCUACACAGAAGAUUACGUCACUAUCCCAGUGGGCUGCACUUGUGUACCUGAGCAAGAAAAAGAGGCUGAAAGUGUAAAUUCCAGCAUAGAUAAGCAAGAAAUGAAGUUGCUGGUAAGCCAGAACAAGCCGUCAUCAGAAUGAAGAAUAUAUAAAGAAUCAUGUUACAGUAUUGGCUUCACAUCAUCAUUUCACCACCUCAGGAAACUGCACCACAGCAGCAAACACAUCAACUUACCCUCUUUUUCUACUUACAGUUAUUUCAGUUAUAAGAUGGAAAGUUUUGACCAGUCACUCAGAUCAUUAGAGGUGACAAUUCAUAUUAAGAACUUCUUUAGUUCAUGUAAGUAUUUGUUGCAAAUUCCAGUGUAGCUUUUUUUUUUUCCUUAGAGCAGAACAUUUUAUCCUUGCUUAUUCACAGUAAAUUUUAGAAGAUGAUGCAACUGUAAGACAUGCUAGAUAUUACUAUAGCAGACUACUGGUUGUAGAUAUUUUAAAGGAGUCUCUUAUACUCUACUUUUAAAUACUCUUAUAUAAAAAAUCACAUAGCUGCCAUACAUGUGCCAAAUCAGCAGUUAGAAGGAUAAUUUCUCAGGCUGCAAGAGCCUUCCUUUAUAUUGCGCAUCUCAACUCCAAGCAGUGCUAUGGCUGUUACAUGUUUGGCUAUUUAUACACUAUAGCAAAGAAACCUUUGCUGAGUUUGUCAUUUGUGAAACAAUAUUAUAUGAGUUUGCUAUUUUCAAACUCGCCAAAUUGCUAAGGGUACAAAAGUGUUGAGAAAAAGCAUGCUAGAAUAUUGUAAAACUGCAGUGGACUUUUCUGAUGUGGACUAAAUUUAAUUGCACAGGAAAUACCAAUUAGAAAAAACACAGAUUGGGUCCCAAGAAUUCUGUAUUGGAUUUCAUUUGUCAUGAACUGUUCCUUAUGACAAAACUGUAUUCUGUACAGUUGAAAGGACAAAACCUUUUCCAUGUUAGGAGGGGAGAUUCCGCAUUAAAAAGAUAAGUACAAAGGGUAGGCUUCAUCUCAGGUGAGUAAACAGGCUAGGUCUUAACUUAUAGAUGCUACAGAGGUCAUUGAGGUGAGUCCCAGCCAAUCCAAACGUGUUAAAUCCAACUGAUUUAUAAAGUUAGUGUUACUCAUUUUCCCCUAUGCUACAUGUAACAGACAAUCACCUGUAGAAGAUGCUAGUCUGUGGAAGAGCAGCCUUCCAUCUUUGCAGCUUACAGAAACUUGAUGGCAAGCCAUAAGAAGAAACCCUAGAUACAAAACAAUUUGCAUUACCAGAACAAAGGACUGAAGGUUGACUCAGUCUAGUGAAAGAGAAUCAAGAGUAACCAGGCAUGUCUUGCGUGACCGUAACUCCUCAGGGGGCCACAAUCACCAAAGUUGGUAAGCAGAACAGCAGAGAAUAUCUUUUAUAGUUGAAGGAUCAUGACUGCAGUAUCAUUACAAAAAAAAAUAAAUACCAUAUGCAGCAAUGUAUUUGCUACAUCAAGAAUCUCAAAAUUUGGCUUAAUUCAUAGCAGAGAAAGUCCCUAUGCUACGCAAACACACACUCCUUUGGAGUGUCAUUGGAUGAAGAAUGGAAAGAUAAUGAACUAAACAGAAUUAACAAGUUAAACAGAGCAUAAAAGUCAUAUGAAAACUCCUUGUUGUGGUCCGUAAUUAUUGACUCAGUCUAGUAUAACAGUAUUUUUAUAGUGCAAUCUGUAUAGCUUCUUACAAAGCCUAAAACAACUUUAAGAACUCCAGAAACCAAUAAAAGAUUCCCAUCACAAUGUC